GGCUCGCCAGAACAGUAUUGACAGGGGCAGUUUCUGAGCUGAACGAGAAGCAGCCUUUUAGACGGAUUACACUCCCAUUUCCUCUUGGCUGGCAGGGGCGAUCCGAUCCCGGGCUCCCAGCCUCGCCUCCUUCCCUGGGACAGGGGCCCUCUUCUUCCCCCAAGCCGCCCCCAGGGUAGCCUCUGGUGAGGCCAGAGCACUGCCUACCUGUUCCUGCUCCCCGGAGCUCAGGACUGGCCCCUGGACCCCUGGCAUCUGGGGCAGAAGCAACACCAAAGCAGGGAUUGGCUGCCUCCCACCCCAAAUGCCCAGCUGGGAGUGCUCAGAGGCGUGACAGAUCUCAGCCUGUCGCCAGCCUGUGUUCCCUGGCCAGUCCCUCCUUGGGCCUUGCCCACGAUGACGGUUCCAUCACUCAGCUUCACUCACCUGCUCACCAUUUCAGGACUGCUCUGUUACUCAGCUUGCUGCUCGGCUCUUCCCGGCCUGGAUCAGAAGAAGCGUGGCAGCCACAGAGCAUGCUGCCUCCUGACGCCCCCUCCACCCCCGCUGUUCCCACCACCAUUCUUCAGAGGAGGCCGAAGCCUGCUUCUCUCCCCAGACAUGAAGAAUUUCAUCCUGGAACUGGAGACCACACAGUCCUCAUGUGUGCAAGGAUCACUUGGCUCCCCUGGGCCCCCUGGCCCCCAGGGUCCACCGGGACUUCCUGGCAAGAUAGGACCAAAGGGAGAAAAGGGGGAGCUUGGCCUACCAGGAAGAAAGGGUAGACCUGGCCCCCCGGGUGUUCCUGGCAUGCCUGGGCCAGUCGGCCCUGAAGGACCCAGGGGUGAAAAAGGUGACCUGGGUAUGAUGGGCUUACCAGGGUCAAGAGGACCAAUGGGCUUCAAGGGCUACCCUGGAUCCAGAGGGGAAAAGGGAUCCAGAGGUGAAAGGGGUGACUUGGGUCCCAAAGGAGAAAAGGGUUUCCCUGGAUUUCCUGGAAUGUUGGGGCAGAAAGGUGAAAUGGGUCCAAAGGGUGAGCCUGGGAUAGCAGGACACAGGGGACCCAGGGGAAGACCAGGAAAACGAGGCAAGCAGGGGCAGAAGGGAGAUAGUGGAGUAAUGGGCCCACCAGGCAAGCCUGGGCCUUCUGGUCAACCUGGCCGUCCAGGUCCCCCAGGCCCCCCGGGCCCCCCAUCCACAGGACAACUUGUGAUGGGACCCAAAGGGGACAGAGGAUUUCCCGGGCCUCCAGGAAGUUGUCUUUGUGGAACCCCUACGAAUGUGAAUAACCCCUCCUACAGGGAAUCCAUGUAUGGGUCCAGCUCCCCUCAUGUUCCUGUGAUUUUUGUGGUCAACAACCAGGAGGAGCUCGAGAGGCUGAACACCCAAAAUGCCAUUGCCUUCCGCAAAGAUCAGAGAUCUCUGUACUUCAAGGACAGCCUUGGCUGGCUCCCCAUCCAGGUGACCCCUUUCCACCCUGUGGACUAUACUGUGGACCACCGUGGCUCCUGCGGGGAUGGAGUCCUGCAGCCCGGGGAGGAGUGUGAUGACGGAAAUGAUGACGUGGGUGACAGCUGCAUCAGCUGUCACCGGGCCUACUGUGGAGAUGGUCACCAGCACAAGGGAGUGGAGGACUGCGACGGCUCUGACUUUGGCCACCUGACCUGCGAGACCUAUCUCCCUGGGUCAUAUGGGGACCUGCAGUGCACCCCCUACUGCUACAUCGACUCCACGUCCUGCCGCUACUUCACGUGAAGGGCCUUUGCGGAGAAGGCAGGCUGCAUCCCACAGGAUCGGCAGCAGCUUUUCCACCCUCAUCAAAUUGACUUCACACCCCCCGCUCCGGUUUCCGUCACCGUCGUGUGACAAAAAUAAGGACGAGCUCUUGCUGCUAAGACAUGCUUUUAACUCGGUCCAACCGGAAGAACUUAGGACCACUGCACCCUGUCUUAAUCUGAGGUACCGGAGAACCUUCCACAUGCCCCCGCUGGGAACCGUUUUCCCAUUGCUACCAUCCAGCCAAAUCGCCGACUUACAGUGCCCUUUUUCUUCGGAAUGUUACCAACCCAGACCGUGGACUUGGCUCACAACUGUUAUCUACGCCUAGACCUGCAGGGCUUUUUGAAUUUGUCGUCAUCCCAUCUGGGUCAUGUGGUGGACAGGUCUCCCCACUCCUCUGACCUCCAGAAAUGUGGGCAUUCUCACCCGGGGCAGCCGGCCGUCAGGUCUCUCCAGGCCUGUGAACCACAAAGCAGGGAAAUGAACCCGCCUUCUUGGAGUGGCUCCAAGCUCUGCACCCGCUGAGGAACCCCUCAACUGGCCACAGCCCAGCACAGCCUCAUGUGGAUGCAGCUCCCCCAAGAAGGGACCCAACUGUGAAAAAGCCCUGAGAAAGCCACCAAACCGGUGCUCUGCCCCUGGGAGAGGGCGGAGGCCCAGCUGAGUGCUCAGCUUGUGAACAGAACAGUGGCCUUCCUGCUUCUCAGUGUUUCCCAAGAGGGUAGCUUCUGUAGUUUCACCAUCCCCAGCACCACCUUGACCUCGUGGCUCUCAGUACUUGGACCUCUGUCUUGUGAAUGCCCCUUAUGUCCAUCUCUUGUCCAGGAGAUUCACCACCAGAGGGUGUGACUUCCUGAGCCUACACUUGGGCAGGCUUUUGGUGUUUCCGGUCCUUAGGAGAAUGCCACCCCGGGUCUCCCCAUAUGAGGCCCUACGACUGAAUACCUGUUCUAGGCAGAGAUCAUUUCUGUCCUGAGCUCCAGCUCCUGGCUGCCUGCUGACUCCUGUGCACACCCUGUGACCUUCCCAUUGUGUCUCUGGAGUGCAGAGCCUUGCCCUCGUGUGCCUGAGCCCCUCGUGUUUCUGCAGGGUCGUUAGUCUGGCAUGACUGUGAGCUGCCUUGUACCACCAUCUUUCCUGAGUGGGGCUGAGCUUUGUUUUGGAAAGAUGUCUCCCAGUGGCAGACCUCAAAUGGGAUUUCCUUGUUUGUUACCAGAUGGAGGGACGCUGUUGAGCUUUUGUACAGAGCACUUUAACGUGCCUGAGUCUUGGGGACUCAGCAGACAAGAGCUUCUGGCCCAGUGGGACAUCACUAGUGGUCUGUAGCAGAUGGGAUCAACCUGAAGGUGAGGUCUUUAGGGAUGGGCUUCAGACAAGAGCUUCUGGCUCAGCGGGCCAUCACUAGUGGGUCUGUAGCAGAUGGGAUCAGCCCAAGGGUGAGGUGACAGCCCACCAGAGAUGGGCACACUGGCCAGCUGGGUUCCCCCAGGCUCUACUGCACACCUUGGGGGUGAUGUUGCUCCCAUGAAAGCUGCACCUUCAUGCUGGGAUCUCUGGAUAUCAAGAAAUAUAA